AUGGUUCCUCAGCGUGGUCUAGAAUGGAUUAAGACCACGUUUAGCUUAGAGCCUCGCUGGGUCAUUGAGCCCCAGUUGGACGAUAUCAAAGCAGAAAUACAGGCCAUCCUAAACUGGACUGGAGAUUUCAGAGUGACGUUCAUUGCACAAGGGGCUUUCAACAAACUUUACAAAGUAGAAAAUGGUAACGAUGCGCUUGUGAUGCGCAUCUCUCUUCCUGUCGACCCUGGGUCGAAGACGGAGAGCGAAGUGGCCACCCUGCAUUUCAUGUUGGAAAACGGCGAGAUUCCAGUACCAAAAGUCAGAGCCUAUGAUUCUUCAAGCUCCAAUCGAGUAGGGUUUGAAUGGAUACUCAUGGACUUGAUGCCUGGUAUACCUUUGCAUGACAGAUGGAGAUACAUGACUUGGGGUGCAAAAGAAGCAUUAAUUCAGCAAUUGGCAACACACUAUACCUCUAUGUAUAGACAACAGUUCGAUACAAUUGGAAAUGCAUAUCUCAGCAGUGAAGGGCGAAGAUCUCGCAUACCUUAUAUUGGAAAGAUCGUGUCCAUGCAAUUUUUCUGGGGUGACCAUAUAUCCCAGGAUGUCUUGAGAGGACCAUUUCAUUCAAGUCAAGAUUGGCUCUCUGCCCGUUUAUCAUUUGACGAGUCAGACUCUAGGAAAAUCCUCAAUCAGAGCGAAGAUGAAGAUGACCGCGAGGACGCCGAAGACACAUUGAAAAUACUGACCCGUCUCAGGAAACUCCUUCCAGAUCUCCACUUCUCUCCACAUGAGCCAACAAUGUUCUUCCACGACGAUCUCUCUCAACACAAUAUUCUUGUUGACGAGGCUGGAAAUCUGACGGCUGUCAUUGAUUGGGAAUGCGUAUCCACUUUGCCUUUGUGGAAAGCUUGUCAGUUUCCAGCUUUUCUCGAGGGUAGAAACCGAGCUGAGGAGCCCCUUCAACAGAAUUACCAGCGUGAUGGCCAGAUCAGCGACUUGUUCUGGGACCACUUGUUAGAGUACGAGCUGGCGCAGCUACGGACAUCCUUCUUCCAGCAGAUGGAGCAACUUGAGCCAAAGUGGACCCUUGCCUAUCGCUCGAGUCAGCCGCUAAGGGACUUUGAUCUCGCGGCCAAGAACUGUAGUGAGCCGUUCAGUCUCCGGACAAUAAAUGCAUGGCUUGAUGAUGUUGAGAACAAUGUCAUAGGUGCUCAAAGCCUCGAGCAGAGGCUGCGUCAAUGA